AUGAACUAGAAUGAUGAAUAUUUAGAAAAUGAGUUACAUUCAUUUGCUUUCACCAAAAAAGGAUCUAGUUAGAAAAAGGAAAGAACUGUGUAGUAAAACCCCAUAGUUUAAACCUAACCAUAGAUUGUUUAGAGUUAAGUGAAAGUGGGAAAAAAGAAAAAGAAUAAUGCGAAAGAGUUGAAUUCGAUUCAGGAGGCCAAUUUCAAGUACAUUUGGAACUUCCUGAAGUCGAGACAAGAGUCUGAAGUAAUAGGAGUGAUUGACAUCGCGAAGGCUGCUCAGAGUGUGAUGAAAAAACCGAUAGAAGAGGAGGUGAUAAUGGUAUUGAGUUUAGUAAUGAGUAGGAAAUGUUGAACAUAUAUAAUGAAAGUCUAUAUUAGGACGAGGAUAAAAUAUUAAAUUAAGGGAUUGGCGAGGAAGAGUUGCGUUAAAUUUUUAUUGAAUGCAAAUUGAAGAUGUGA